UAUAAAAAAAUAAAGUUGAUGGUGGUUUCUCGGAAACGAAACGUCGGAUAUAAAAUUUUAAAGCGCCAUCACGUACUACUUCAAAAGUGUCAAUGAGAAAGUGUCAAUAGUUUUUUGAUAUCUUUUAAAAUAAAGCCAGGAAAAAAUAAAAUCGAUAUUGGCAAAUUUCCGUUUUUUCCAAAUAUCUCAGCAGGCCAUGGAAAUUUUUGAAGUUUCUCAACGGCACACACAGGCGAAAUUCGGGGAAAAGCCGGCCAUAAAUCGGAAAUACCAACUUCCCAAUUAAGGCCUAUUCUGAGUAUAAUUCAAUUAUCUAGUUACCUGGGUAUAAUAAACAAUUACCCUUUUGUUUUUCGUCUUGUCACUUGCAGAAAUAUUUUAGUUGAAAGUUGAUGUUCGUGGAGACUAUUUCAUUGUGAUUCAAAAGCGCCUGUAAAAAGUAGUAAUUUAAAUUUAGUUUUUCGGCAAAGUGUGGGUGAAAAUUUUGUAAAGCAGCAAUGGAGCCUAUUGCUAGUGGGACAGCAACAAAAUCUGCUUGGUUUAAAAGAAGCCAACUUGUCAGUUGGUUAGGAAUUUGUCAGUCCAAGAAAAGAAUGGAGCAGUGCCGUUAUUUGGCAGAAAAAGUGAUCUCUACCGUGCGAGUUGAACGCUUGUCAGAAGAGUCUUCAAAAGUCAUAUAUAAAUUCAUCGAGAAAUAUGACACAAAAUGGUCAUCAGCAUCAAGAAAUAAAACUGCAUUUGAAAAUAAAAAUCGAGAUUGGUUAAAUAUUGAGUUGGAAUUUUCUUCUGCAAUGAAUGAAGCUCAACCAGCCGAAAUGCAGGAUACAACUCUAUCGAGUAGAGGGAGGCCAUUCACUGGAUUUUUAGAUUUAAGUGACCGAUCAAAAAGAGGAAGAACUGAACAGAAGCGAGCAGAUCGAAGCCCUGAAGAACUAACAUUUGCUGCUCAAAUGAAAUUUAGGUCCGAAGGUAAACUGGAUGAAGUAGAUGUGUUAAAAAAUGUUGCAUUCUCAUCACCAACCCAUGCAUCAAAAUAUAAAAAAUCUCUUGAAAAAGAAUGUGAAAUACCAUUUUCAGCGGACGAAGCCUUAUCGCUUUUUGUAGAGGCUAAAUUGACAAAAUUUCAAUACAAUCUUAUAAGAAAUUCGGCAAAAAGCCAUAGGUCAACUCUCUAUCCUAAUUAUAAGUCAAUAACUGCCGCAAAAAAAAAGUGCUACCCAGAAAAUCUAAGCAUUUCUGAGGAUGUUGCUGAAGUGCCUCUUCAAAGUUUGCUGGAUCAUACAUCUUUAAGGUUAUUUGAGUCCCUAAAAGAAGUUUUAAAUUCUUUAAACCAAGAAAAAUAUAAUAAUUUAAAUUUAAUUUGCAAAUGGGGGUGUGACGGGAGUUCUGGGAUGAGUCAAUACAAACAGCAGUUUGCAGAGUCCAAUAUUUCAGAUGCUAAUAUUUUUUUAACAUCAAUGGUACCAAUUCAGCUUAUUAACGGUGAUCCCAAAUCAAAAGAUAAGUUUGUAAUCUGGGAAAAUCCCAGAACUUCCUCCACACGAUUCUGUAGACCUCUUAUAGUCCAGUUUAGGCAUGAAACAACAGAGUUAUCAGUGAGAGAAAAGCAAUAUUUUGACCAACAAAUUUCAGAUUUGCAACCAACAAAGCUUGAUAUUCAAGGAAACAAUGUAUUUUUAAAACACAUUUUAUAUUUUACAAUGAUAGAUGGCAAAUUGUGUAAUGCUGUUACUGAAAAUACUUCAACUCAGAGAUGCUAUUUGUGUAAUCUAACAUCCAAAGAUUUUAACAAUAUCGAUAAGGUUUUAAAACAAAAAAUUGCUGACGAAUCUAGAUUUCAAUUUGGUUUGUCAUCUUUACAUGCUUGGAUUCGUUUUUUUGAGUGUUUGCUGCAUCUAUCUUAUAAGAUGGAAUUUAAACAAUGGCAAGCGCGAGGCCAGGAAAACAAAGAAAAACUUGCAAAUGCCAAAAAACGAAUCCAAGACUUAUUUUUUAAAGAAAUGGGACUAUUGGUUGACCGACCAAAACCUGGUUUUGGAAGUACUAAUGACGGCAACACUGCUCGCCGUUUUUUUGAGAAUGCUGCUAAAGCUUCGGAAAUUACAGGCAUUAAUCAAGAUUUGAUAUUUAGAUUCAGAGUAAUUUUAUUAACAAUUUCUAGUGGUUUUAAUAUUAAAAUCGAUAGUUUUAAGGAUUACUGUCAUGAUACGGCCAGAAAAUUUGUAGAAUUGUAUUUGUGGUACAAUAUGCCAACUUCCGUGCAUAAAAUCUUAAUGCACAGUUCUGAUAUAAUAUCAUAUUUUUUGGUUCCAAUUGGGCAACUUGGCGAAGAAGCCCAGGAAUCAAGAAAUAAAGAUAUUAAAAGAUUCAGAGAAUUUCAGGCACGGAAGUUUUCAAGAAAACAAAACAUGGAAGAUAUAUUUUGUAAUCUCUUAAUAUCUUCUGAACCUUUAAUAUCCAAUAUGAAAAAAUCAUCUGCUAAAAAGCUUAGACAGUACCCUUUAGAAGUUUUGGCAUUUUUUGAUGAACCAACAAUUUCUGCUGAUGAAAGUGAUAGUAAAGAUAUUGAUUGA